AUGCCUUCUUUCAAGAUUCUCGUACUUCCCGGAGACCAUAUCGGCGCUGAGGUCAUCCGCGAAGCAGUCAAAGUACUUCGUGCGGUUGAGGCCCAUCCCUCCGUGGCUAAGCAAAGCAUCAAAUUUGACCUCGAUUUUGAUUUGUUGGGUGGCCAAUCUAUCGAUGUUCACGGCAUCCCUUUGACACCCCAGGUCAUCGAAAAGGCAAAGAACUCCGUUGCUGUGCUCUUCGGCGCGGUCGGUGGCCCAAAAUGGGGCAUGACUGGAGCCUUGCGGCCAGAGACUUCGGUGCUAGACUUGAGAAAGGCACUGAACUGCUGGGCUAAUAUCCGGCCAUGCAAAAUCCCUUCUCCGGGAGUUGCCAAAUGCUCGCCACUGAAAGAGUCCCUUGUGUCGGGAACCGACUUCAUUGUUCUUCGAGAAAAUCUUGGCGGCGUAUACUUCGGCGAAAAGAAAGAAGAACUCGACUAUGCUCAUGAUGUCUGGGGCUACCACCGAUGGGAGAUUGAGCGAAUCUCGCGAAUGGCUGCUUAUCUGUCACGCAAACAUGGAGGCCCUAAAGGUCCCAGCAAGAUCACUUCUGUCGACAAGGCCAACGUUUUGGCCGUUUGCCGACUGUGGCGUGAAGCUGUGACCACGAUCCACGACCGAGAAUUCCCGGACAUCCCUCUCCACCACCAAUUGUCCGAUUCUCUGGCCCUGAUCAUGGUGAAGAACCCUAGAUCGCUGAACGGCAUUGUGAUGUGUGACAACAUCUUCGGGGACUUGUUCUCCGAUGAAGCAGCGGCUGUUGCAGGAUCACUUGGCUUCAGUCCUUCCGCUUGUUUGUCUGGCAUUCCAGGCGAGCCACUUUCCACAGGCAUGUACGAGCCGAGUCACGGUUCGGCACCAGAUUUACCACCCAACAAAGCCAAUCCAAUUGCAACGAUUCAAAGUGCCGCCAUGAUGUUGCGGUACAGUUGUGACUUGGACUUCUUGGCCAAUGCCAUUGACGAGGCUGUUAGUAUUGCACUUGAUGACAAGGCCUCCGGCGGUCUCGAGGUUAGAACGGGCGAUAUCGGAGGUACUGCCUCGACGACGGAGAUGGGGGAUGCUGUGGUGACUGCUCUCUUGCAAGUUCUGGAUAAGGCGGAAUCAAAUGCCAUGUCUGAAAGCGCUAGGCUGUGA